AUGGCAGACAGUGUGAUUGAGGACUCUGAGUACUACCCUGGGAAGGAUGAACUGGACUGGGGAUAUCAGGAAGGUAAGGGCUUUGGAAGUUUUUAGUAUACACUUCUUUCACUCUUUCACUCUUUUUCUCUUUUUCUCUCACAAAACAUAACUUUAUUUACUAUUUAGGCACUUAACAAUGCAUGCAUUGGUAUGGAAAUACUUUAUUCUCAGAUAUAAACAGAAAAAAUAGAUUUCUCUAUUAUCUCUCUCUCUCUCUCUCUCUCUCUCUCUCUCUCUCUCUCUCUCUCUCUCUCUCUCUCUCUCUCUCUCUCUCUCUCUCUCUCUCGUACACGUACAGUAGGUAAAGAACUUAAAGAAGGUAGGGUAUUUUGAUCAAUGCACUUCUUAUUGGGGUAACUUGAUCACGCAAAUUAUGUGUAGAGCUGAAAUUGAGAUUCUGGAGUCACAUCCAUGAUAAAGUAUUCUAAGAGAGUAGUGGUCUAUCUACCAUACUUUCAUGGUUCUGAGCUUUUAAGAGCUCUUGUCCAGGGCACAAUUGUGCACACAGUCUCAAAACACCUCUGGACUCUUGGUGGGUAAUAAUUAAGGUUUCCAGUAGCUGGAAAAGAACACGAGAGCUUUUAUAACAAAGUCAAGAGCUAAACUUUUAGUAACUAAUGUUGUUAUUGGUGUUGACUUAAGAUGAAAAGAAUCUUGUUGGUAGGGGAUAAAGUCAUCCAUACACUGAAAGAGAAGAGAGGACUUGUCUGUAGCGCUAACUAACUUAGCCUCAUAAGCCGCGCCAUUUAAUGACUCUCGGCUUUGCUUCAGAAAGCUAAUUGUUUCAGCACAUUCUUUUUAUUCUGGUUUUCACACUGUUUUUAAAUACUGUAUUCUCUUCAUAGCUCAUUCUAAUAUUUCUACGACUGUACAUUGCACUUUGUUACACUGUUUAUACACACCACAUAUUUAUUUAUAUACUGGAUUCUUGACAUAGCUCACUGUAAUUGAUCUACCUCUGUACAUCUCAUUCUUACCCACUGGGCACACACUGGUUGAAUCAACAUUGUUUCCACGUCAUUUCAAUGAAAUUUGGGUUGUUAACUGGAUUUGUUCUGACAUUUGUGAUUUCUUGUUCUAGUUUUUGAUUAUUAUUUGUGUACUUGUUUGACAUUUUUACUGCACUGUUAGGAGCUAGUAACACAAUCAUUUCACUGCACCUGCUAUAACAUCUGCUAAACUGUGUACGCGACCAAUAAACUUUGAUUUUACAUGUUUUUGUGCUAUGGGCUCCCUCUGCAAUUCAAAGCAAUGGUUUCAUCAUCUUAAUUACAACGCUGUGUGUGUGAGGUCAGACAUUUCAGAGUGGGUGGGACUUUGUCCAGUUUAUGUCCCAUCUGGGGACUAGAAACAGAGAGAUAUACUCUAGGUGGGUGUGUCCCUGACAUAUUUAGUUAUCUAAAAUCUGAUUUGACAAAUUGAGUUUUGCACUCUCUCUGCCCUUACAGCACAGUGAUAAAUGACUUUGAAAUAAUUCAGGGCAUUAUAUGGAAAGAGCAGAGACCAAAGACCGCUAGCUAGCUAACAGAAUGUUCUUACAGAGUGUGAAAAAAAGUGAGACAAUGAUCAUGAGAAUAUGUGUACUCUUUGUGGAAGAUUGAAGGAGGGGGUAUGACGAAGUGUGAAAAAGAGAGGAAGAUAUUGUGUCAGUGAGGUAUAGACAGAGAGGAAGAGGAUGAAGUGAAAAGAGAGAAAGUGUGAGAGGUGUUAAGAAAGAAGAACUAGAACAUCCUUGUAUCCCUCUGGUGAGCGUUAUUGCUGGUACAGACUCCCCAAGUACUCAGCGACACUCAGGGAUUGGCGUACUCUUAUCCCAGUUUAGCUUCAGUGUCUGUGCAUGUGUGUGUGUGUCCUCAGGUAUACAGUACACUUUGUUUAUGCUGCUUGUGUAUUCAAAGGCUGGAUUUACACUCCACCUGACAUACUCCGUAACCACUUUGUGACUUCACCACACAGCAAAGAGGCCUCUGCAUGGAGGUCUCAGUGCAAGCCAGAGGUUGGAACCUCAGUGACGUUACACUAAGGAGAGCAUUUGGUGGAGUUUAAGUCAAAGUUGUGUGGGUUUUCAGGUGUAGAGUGGGGUUUGCUGUUCCCUGAUGCGAAUGGGGAGUACCAGUCCCCAAUCAACCUGAACUCCCGGGAGGCCCGUUAUGACCCCUCUCUCCUGGAUGUGGGGCUCACGCCCAAUUAUGUGGUGUGUCGGGACUGUGAGGUCAUCAACGAUGGACACACCGCACGCAUCAUUCUGAGGUCCAAAUCAGGUGAAAUGUUGAUAUUACAUUACCACAGUGCACAUCAAAACAAUUAAUGGGUUAACUGUUCGUGAACCCUCCACUAGACUGUUGAUCUUGCAUACACCUUUUCAAUGAGCUCACAUUAGCCAUAACAACUGAACGUUGAGUCAAUGACUGUGUGCUGCAUGUGAUGCACACGUGGCUAAAUCAGAGUUGCACCAGAAUUCAGACCUACAUUCAGAACCCCCAGGUCAUUUAAUGUGGUCUUCAUUAAAUGUGUCUGCUCUCACAUGAUACUCUGGGUUUCCUGUCUGCAGUGGUAACCGGUGGCCCAUUGCCAAGUGACCAUGAGUACGAGCUGCAUGAGGUGCGCUUCCACUGGGGCAAGGAGAACCAGCGGGGGUCAGAACACACCGUCAACUUUAAGGCCUUCCCCAUGGAGGUAUGAGUCUCAGCCAAACACACACACACACACACACACACACACACACACACACACACACACACACACACUGUCUACUUCAAGGCCAUGACCAUGGAUGUUUGUCUAAGUUGGAGGCCACUGUCACAGUUCUCAGACAGAGGGAGUUGGUAUGUUAUUUUCACAUAAAAGGUAAGGGCUUUUAUAUUUGUUUUUAUUUUAUUUAACCUUUAUUUAACUAGGCAAGUCAGUUAAUAACAAAUUCUUAUUUACAAUGACGUGGUCCUGUAUGUCUCAGUUAGUAGAGCAGGGUUGUGAUUCCUGGGGUCACCCAUACGCAAAAAUGUAUGCACAAAUGACUGUAAGUAACUUUGGAUAAAAGCGUCUGGUAAAUGGCAUAUAUUUUUAUUAUACAGUAUAUUAUAUCUCAUUACUAUGUUUCAUGUAUUUACAAAUCACUGAGGCCAUUUAUGUAAACAAGCAUUUGAAAGGCCCUGAAGAGGCUAUGCCACUGCUAGUUUGGCUUUAUAAGUGUGCUUCUUUAUCACAGGUGCUUGGUCCUCUAUUUAAAACUGAAGAGUGCACUUACGUCCCAUACAACUGCUCUGUCUUGGCCCUGUCUUCUCCAGCCUCCCUCUGCCCAUGAUUUAUUUAUUUAUUUAUUUAUUUAUUUAUUUAUUUAUUUAUUUCUUUCUUUCUUUCUUUCUUUCUUUCUUUCUUUCUUUCUUUCUUUCUUUCUUUCUUUCUUUCUUUCUUUCUUUCUUUCUUUUCUUUCUUUCUUUCUUUGAAUAUCAUAUGUGGUUGAUCUCUUUUGUGAUCAUCUUCCCUAUAAUAUGAUACAAUAUAAAUAUGAUACAAUAAGUGUGCUUCCCCCCAGCUCCAUCUGAUCCACUGGAACACAACGCUGUUCAACAGUGAGGAAGAAGCCCUGGGAAAAAAGCAUGGAGUUCUCAUCAUCGCUCUGUUUGUGCAGGUAUUGAUUGCUUUGGUUCACUCUAUAGUCAUAUGAGAAUCCUCUCUUCUCAUUGGUCAGUAUGGUUCUUUUAGGGACUUGCCAACUUGGUACUGUAGUUUAUAUCAUUUUAUAUUCAUAUCAGCUUUGACACUAAAGUCAACAUAUAUCCACUUGUUUUCGUUUUUUGAAUUGGACUGAGGCUUACUGGCUUGAGGCUUACUAUUUACCUAAACGUAUAAGACAGUCUGUUUUAAGUGAACCCAUCACUUUGUCCUUCCUGUUUUUGAAAGCUCCAAGAGUUUCCCCCACAACCAUCACAUCCUGGCAGGACUCACGUCAACAGCCCUAUGUUAAGAACUGUUAACGUCAUAACAUUAUGUUGAUCUGUUAGGACAGUGGGAUUCAAAGUCGGUGUCGCAAGAACUGCAGUGGGGUCGCCAAAUUAUGAUAAUUAUUUUAAUAUUUUGUACUUUUUUAGGAAGAGUUCAUGGGACGUUUUUGAGAAAGAUAAUUAGAAAAAUUCAAUGUUAUUGAGUUAAUGUAUUUAUUGGUUUAUUUUCAUUUUGAUAAGACACGAAAAUGUCAUGAAUUGAAGGUUAUUUGUUGACGUAAAAAUCGAAAUGUACCGAUUUAAGGUUGUGUCAUUAUAUUUGAGGUGGGAUGGGGUCGUGAAAAAAAUGCACCAAGAAAUGGGGUCCCCAGAAAUUCUGCCGAAUAAAAUGGUGUCCCCGCUGAAAACGUUUGAAUACCACUGUGUUAGGACCCUCUUUCCUUAACUUUUUUUUGACUCCUUGCCCUUGACGUUGUUUCCUUCAGAUAGGGAAGGAGCAUCUGGGGUUGAAGGCCAUAACAGAAGUGCUGCAGGACCUACAAUACAAGGUAAGACGUUGGCGUCCAUUUUGUUGUCCAGGUGAUAUUGUUAUGGCGAUGAUGUUAUGGUUAUGAGUUUUCAUGGUGAUGAGAGAGCAGAGGUUAUGAGAAAUUACUGAUAUGACCUAAGGGUGUAGAUGCCCAGUGCUUAACUGAGAGAGAGGAAGACAUACAGUACAUAGACAAUCCAAAUUAGGGUCUGUGCUAUCAGGGAUCCUUGGGAUAUCCCUACCCCAUUGACAUUUAAAAUUGUUAAAGUAUGGGUUAAGGUUAGGGUUAGGUAAGGGUUAAGGUUAGGGUAAGGGUAGGGGUCCAGGUUUAGGGUAGGGAUGUCCCAAGAAUGCCUGAUAGCACUAACCAUCAAAUGAGGAAGUUAACAGACAAUCAGUAGAGGUGCAACGGUUGGAGCAUGCAGCAAUUUAUUCAUAGAUUUUUAAAUUAAACCUGAUGCAAUUAAUGCUCCAGAUUGAUUUGAGACCAUGUGAAACAUUUAAGAUUAGACAGGAGAAAUGUUGAUGCAGAAUGUGAAGGAAGAGCUCCAGUAGUACAGAUGAUCGGUCUGUCAAUAACACAGUCAUGACAUGGUGGCUAAAUGAAGAGGACAUUACAAAUGAAGCAAAACAACCAAUAUUUUUGUGUUUUGACUUAUCUUUACAGGGGAAGACCAAAAUAAUACCGUGCUUCAAUCCCAACACACUACUUCCUGGUGAGUCCUUCAUCUAAUUGUGUAUGAUUCCUGCUUGCAUGUAUGGUGUGACACAGUAUUAGAUGAAGUUAUGGUAUGUGUUUGUUGCUCCCUCCAGACCCUCUCCUGAGAGACUACUGGAUGUAUGAGGGCUCCCUGACCACCCCUCCAUGUAGUGAGAACGUCACCUGGAUCCUGUACCGCUACCCACUCACCAUCUCACAGUUACAGGUAGGCCAUCUGACACAGUGGCCUGGUUCAAUGAAUCAAUCAAAUGUAUUUUAUAAAUCCCUUUUUACAUCAGCAGUUGUCACAAAGUGCUUUACAGAUACCCAUCCUUAAACCCCAAAAAGCAAGCAUUGCAGACGCAUAAGCACAGUGGCUAGGAAAAGAAACCUAGAGAGGAACCAGGCUCAGAGUCUCUUCUGGCUGUACCGGGUGGAGAUUAAAAGAGUACAUGGGGCAAUUUAGGCUGGAUUGUUAUUCAAAAUAUUCAAACGUUCAUAGAUAUCCAGCAGGGUCAAAUAAUAUCAAAUGGUUCCAUGUUGGCUUCUAGACCCUUGCCCCAUGUCCUACCUCUAGGUCAGUGUUCAUCAACCUUUUCUGAGUCAAGAUGACUUUCUGAGUCCAAAAGCAAGCUUAGAUUUACUGCUCAGAUUUUUUUUAAACAUGACUUAAAAAACGUAAGCCUAUGCAGCAUUAACCUAUUUAAAACAGUUCUGUAGCAAUGAGGUUUGUGCAGUAGGCGAUAGGCCCAAUACAUUAUCACUACAUAUUGGCUAUGCUUGAAUUGCCCUGCCAAUGUUGUUCUUCUCAGACCAUUUUGAAAUUAUAUUUCAACAUUGUAGGUAUUUGAGCACACUGGUAUAGAUCAUUUGUUGUAUUACUUUUGAGGCACAGCUGAGUGAGCAUAAUAUAUAUAUAUAUUUUUUUUUUAUUGGACUGAUGGCCUGCAUCUGAUGGUCAGUCUGAGGGGAGGGAGGGAUAGAGCAGCGGUGAAGCUGCCUCUCACCCGACUCACCGUCCCUACGCUCUCCCUCCCUCAGGUGAGAAAAGGGGACACAGUCUUCCAGGUGAUGGCAAAACUCAAGUUGCACUGCAUUAUUUCUGCCUCAUGCACCAAUUCAUGUUGUUACUCCUAUGACCAGAGAAAGUGAAAUAUUCCUCAAUAUUAAAAAAGACACAAGCCGCUAAUAAUAAUAACGCAAGCUUAUCGAAUCACUUUGCUAUAGUCAUUCAUUGCAGCUGCAGUGCUAAAUUACAACUUAAACAUUCACUUACUUAUAAAACAGCAGCUCUUUGCUGUAUUCAUUAAGUCUCUCUCUAGUCAUGGUUUUAAAAGUUUUGAAAUCUCACAGUAUCAACUCUUCUGUGUUCUCGAGGCUUCUUUUUACAGUCUAUGGCUUGAGGAAAUUGUGCAGACACAGUGAUCUGAGCUAUCUUAUUGGCCAGCGGUAGACCUAUAGGUGCACUUGAUUUGCUGUCUGGGCCUGCCGGGUAUGCAGAGUUCUACCUUCAGACACAUGAAAUGGUUAAAAAUGGGAAAACUCAAGUGCACCUACCACCAACAGCGCAAUUUUUUUUUUAAAUAAAUAAAAUCGUUGUUGUUUUUUACAGAAAUGUUUGGUGAGCGACUAAGAAUGCCUUGGAGAUCGAGCAGUCGAUCGUGAUCGACCGGUUGGUGACCACUGCUCUAGGUCCUAUUCCUUCACAGAUCAAUGGUGAUGGCGCCUCCUACAACUCCAAGUGGCCAUAUUGCUUUUAUACCAAAUGUUAUUGAAACCAGCUCCACUUCUUUAGAUCCUGAGGUUGCACUCACUGUAUUGACGGUUUUCUUCUGCCAGGGUAAGGUGUUAGGAUUGAUUUAAAAUGAUCUAUAUUUAUGAACCAAUGACCCCAACCUCUGAUUCAACAGCACUGCACAAUACAGUUUGUCCUCCCAGUUAGCAUGCUUUCUACAGAAGCUUUGAUCCUGAACAAGCCUUUCAUGUAAAGACCAGACACCUCCCUUUGGACCGGGUGGAAAGGUUAUGAUGGAGGGCAAAGGCAGGAAGUGAAGAAUCAAAAAGCAAAAAAAACCUGAAUGAUAAAUGAAAUGUAAAUACGCAUUGACCGACCAAUUAUUAAUGUACAGUAAAAAUACAGUCAGGGUAGUUCAUAGAGAUCCUAUAAUUCAGUGUUAUAUUUAAGCAAUAAGGCCCGAAGGGUGUGGUAUAUGGCCUAUAUACCACAGCUAAGGACUGUUUUUAUGUACGACGCAACACGGAGUGCCUGGACACAGCCGUUAGCCGUGGUAUAUUGGCCAUAUACCACAAACCCCUGAGGUGCCUUAUUGCUAUUAUAAACUGGUUACCAACAUAAUUAGAGCAGUAAAAAUAAAUGUUUUGUCAAACCCGUGGUAUACGGUCUGACAUACCAUGGCUGUCAGCCAAUCAGCAUUCAGGGCUCAAACCACCGAGUUUAUAAUUAACUCUUGAGGGCAGCUACCCAAUAUACAGUCUGUUUAGGAACACCUUUAAUAUUUUGAUUCAUGAAACAUCACUAGAUGUGAUGGUAAAUCAUUGUUAAAUGGAAUAUUCUAUGUAGAUCAUUCUCCCAUCCAACCAGAUAACUAUUAGCUUAAGGUGUCCAGUCCAGUGCCCAAUGAAAAUCUUAAUGGAGAAUGUUUGUCAUUUUACUGCUACAUAUACACUGAGUGUACAAAACAUUAAGAAUAUUGAGUUGCACCCGCUUUUGCCCUCAGAACAGCCUCAAUGCGUCGGGGGCAUGGACUCUACAAGGUGUCAAAAGCGUUCCACAGGGAUGCUGGCCCAUGUUGACGCCAAUGCUUCCAACAGUUGUGUCAAGUUUGCUGGAUAUCCUUUGGGUGGUGGACCAUUCUUGAUACACACAACUGUUGAGUGUGAAAACCCAACAGAUUUGCAGUUCUUGACACACUCAAAACGGUGCGCCUGGCACCUAUUACCACACCCCGUUCAAAGACACUUAAAUAUUUUGUCUUGCUCAUUCACCCUCUGAAUGGCACACAUACACAAUCCACGUCUCAAUUGUCUCAAGGCUUAAAAAUCCUUCUUUAACCCGUCUCCUCCCCUUCAUCUACACUGAUUGAAGUGGAUUUAACAAGUGACGUCAAUAUGGGAUCAUAGCUUUCACGUGGAUUCACCUGGUCAGUCUGUCAUGGAAAGAGCAGGUGUUCCUAAUGUCGUGUACACUUAGUGUAUAACCAGAGUAGGGCUCACCUGGAAAGAGGAGUCUAAAAUAGCCCAGGACAGGAAGAAAUUAGGCCUAAGCCUAACAUACAGUAAAAUGCUAAUAUUGAUCCACACCAUAAUCACCAGAUAGAACACUUAUUUAAUUCAUCCAACACCACUCAUUCCCUUCUGUGUAACUUCUCUCACUCUUUCUUCCUCCAUAUCCCUAAUUUCCCUCAUCUCAUCACUCUUUCUCUCCCUCUGUCUCAUCCCUCUCUCAUUCUCAUCCCUCUCUCCCAGAUAGAGGAGUUCAGGAGGCUGAGGUCCCAUCUAAAAGGUGCUGAGCUUCCUGAGGGAAACGAUGGGAUGUUGGGGGACAACUUCCGCCCCACUCAGCCCCUUAGUGACAGGACGAUCCGGGCUGCCUUUCAGUGA